AUGGCGGAUGUACGAUCACUCCUCCGAAACGAACUAGCUUCGCGCAAGGGCACGUCGCCAAACACGACAGGAAAUCGCGUCACCAAGAAGCGCAAAGUCGACAAUAGUGAUGGCGUGAUGCGGAAGAAACUGCGAUCAACAAGCUUAGAAUCUGUCACUCCGUCAGACGCGCCAGCGGACCCAUCACCAAGGAGUGCUGAGGACCCUGCGACCAGCGAAAUAUUGGAGCCUGUGGAAGAGGAUGGUGUCGCUGGACCAGAUCUUCCCGUGGAUGAAGUUGAAGAUCCUGCACUCGUCGUAAAAACAUCGGCAUCAGCAGCAAUAAAAUCGGCGCCAACACAAGAGGUCCCUGGGGCUGUGGACGAAGAUGAGUGGGCUGCAUUUGAACGAGAGGUAGCCGAACCAAGCCGAAUGCCACAGGCAUCAGCUGCCCUUUCCGCGGAAGCCACAAUAUCCGCUGCGCCAGUGUCUGCAGAUGAACUCGCAGCGCAACAGCACAAUGACAAUGCAACCACAUCACGAACCCGCGAAGCAGAGUUGGAGGGUGACCGUGAGGAUGCGGCACGAUUUAUGGAGGAAGAGUUUGAUGAGAUGGAUCAACUAGAGGAACGGGUCCGGAGACUGAAACAUAUGCGUGAAGAGUUGCGAGAGAAACGUGCUCGUGAUGAGGCCCAGGACCGUCCUAUGGUUUCGGAGGACCCGCACGCAGAGGAGAGCGACAGUGAUGAUGAUGACGAAGACGAAGAUUGGGAUGAUUGGAGAUUCAAAUGA